AUGCAGCUCAAGAACAUUGUUGCCGCCACCGCGCUCGCGGCUACUGCAACUGCCGCCCCUUCCGCUCAGUCCAACACCUUCGGCGUCAUUGCCAUCCACUCGGGCUCUGGUGUGCAGAACUCUGCCUUCAAUGCCGCGAAGAGCAGCCUCUUUGCUGGAUUGUCCUCCCAGGGGGCUAGCUGUGCUCGCCCUAAGGAGCAGGACGCCACUUUCUACAUCCAGGACGGCGCGCUGUACCUCUAUGACAAGUCCGCGACCCCUCAGGAGAUCUACGUUGACCGCUCCGGCAUGGGUCAAGGAAAGAUUGGCUAUACCACUGGCGCCCAACCCGCUCCCAAGAACUCGGAGAGGAAGGGAUGGGCUAUUAAGGAGGGCCACUUGCAGUUUGCUGGCAGCGACCUGAUUGCUUGCCCCAACAGCAUCGACGGUGCCUGGUCUAUUUGGGCCUCUGCCGGCGUGUCCAACCCCGGCGGCAACAAGGACUGUGUUAGCAUUGCCGCCCGGAUUGAGAGAACCUCCAACCCCAACGGCUGUCUCUACACUCAGUAG